AUGCCUGUCAACCACCGCGAGAACCUCGCCCAGCACAUCCACAUCUCCUCCGCCGACGACCUCUCCUACUCCGUCUCCGCCUCCUCCGGCAUCAAUGACACCAUCCAGACCAUUGUCACCGGCCGCAAAUGCUGGAAGACCAUGAAGGGCAAGGGUGAGGUCGUCUGGCCGCCGUACCUCGAGGCCGCGCUUGUCGAAGGCCUCGAAAAAUACCAGCCCGUCGAGAGCCGCACCUCCCGCUCGUUCGGCCGCUUUCCCAUGCGCAACAAGUUCAUCUCGGACUACAUUUUCCAGGUCACCGGAAAGCGUCGCACUCCCAAGCAGGUCGGCUCCCGCCUGCAACAGCUCCGCGAUACUACCGAGGGCAAGCGCAUCCUCCAGCAGCUCUCCAGCAGGCAUCUCGCCAUGAUGCAGCCCAAGUCCGCCCUCUCCCAGGCGCGCACCGAGUCUGCGAGUCCCAGGCCGACUACGUCCAGCAGCUCUGCCUCCUCAUCUGCCCCUUCCACCUCGGCCGGCUCCACCACGCACCCCCCGCGUGUAGUCCCCAGCGUUGUCUGCAUCGACAUCCUCCCCGACCCCGGCACGCCCCCUCCUCGCCUCCCGUCGCUCUCUCCCCACUCCUCCUCUCCCAUGGCGCCUCCUUCAUCCAUCGCGAACUUCAUUCCCACCCCCACGUCCCCCAACAGCCCAUCGUCAGCGAUGGGUCUUGGCCUCAACGCCUCGGGACCUCGCGUUCUCCGCCACAUCGACCCCACCGUCACCUUCAUGUCGCGAUCCGCUCUGCAGGCCUUCUCGUGCUUCAAGGUCUCUCCUGUGGGCGCCCCCCUUGAUCAGUCGCCUAUUCACACGGAGCGCACCGAGCUCGAGUUGCUGUCCAGCAGUUGCAUGCCGAUGCCGCAGUGGUCGACCGAGAUCGAGUGCACCUUCCUCUAUCGCACCCAGUUCAUUCCCCGCUUCUGGGAUUCGCUGUGCAGGACGGCUGACCCCGCGAAGUAUGUCGUACUUCAAGAGGUCGUACGCAUUGGGGCUCCGGAAAAUGGCAUGCACGCGCCCGAGGACGUGUUGUUGUCGAUUGUCUACAAGUUCAACAACGUGUCCAUGACGCCUCCUUUGUCUCCUGCGGGCACUACAUACUCGCACGAAGCAAGUCGUCCGGGCACUGCGGGCAGUCAGUUCUCGGGCGGGAGCACGCCUGAGCUCAGCUCUGAGCUUGACGAGAUGAUGAUGUUCAACUACCCCCUCGACGUGCCGGUUCCCGCGGUCCACUCGCCUAUGCACCCCUCGCCCAUGCAACACGGCUCGCUUCAUCACGGCCACUCUCUGCAUCCCCUUUCGGACAUCAAGCCACCGUCGCUUAUUCACGCGGACGACGAGGCGUACGCCAGCCUGCCUCCCACGCCCACUUCGCCGUUCGAUUUGUCGGCGCCCCAUUGGCAUCCUGGGCAUGCGAACACCCUUGCGCCGCCGCCCCUCGGGUGCGGUAGGGGGAUGUACGGCGGCUUCGGGCCCGACGUCGCGAUUGCAGGUCAGGGUCAGUACAUGAACAACUUCAUGGGACAGUACCCGAUGUAA